AUGUGGCAAAACCGCGGCGCCAAGGAUCAACCCAAGAGGGUUCCGUUCACCGCUACGAUUUCUGCGGAUUCUUUCGUCUCUCCUGACGGCACGGCGGAGCUUUCGGAAGCAGCGCAAGCGGCGACUGACGUCCCGGACGUUCUAAUGAUGGACAAGGAUUUCGGACAGCUGGACGCAGUCAAGGUGGCGCAGAGUCAGAACGAGGAGGCCAACAUGCAGCCUGCAAGGGACUCCAGCGAGAACCAGGAGGCAAAGGAGGAGCCGCGGCAGGCGGACGUGCAUUUCUACGUCCAGACAGCGUGGAGUGCGUUUCUGUCUGCUCUCGCGGCUGGUGACGUGGCAUCGGCCUCGUCUGUCCUGUUCGGUCCUGAAGCCACGACGCUCAUGGCUCCUGGUGCUGAAAGCGUGACUCUUGCAACUGAACAGGAGAAGACGAACCUGCUCAAAGAAUUCAAGGCGUCACACCAAUCGCUGUCCGUGAUGGUGGAUGAAGUAGAAGUGUUGCAAGAAGAAGGCUCUAAGUCGUUCGCCGCUCUUGCGCGAUCGAUGUACACCAUUGCUGACGCCCAAGGUGUGGAGGUUGAGCACGGAAAGAGGGUGGAGCUAUGGCGUCCAAGUGGUACUAACGGGGGAGGGUGGCAUCUUGUGUGGUCGAUGUGGAACGACAAUGGGCCAGUGCUUAGUAGGGAAGAGGCCAUGGCUGCUUACCAGAACGACAAAUUUGUCCAUCAAGAUGACCCAACGCGCAGGGUAGCGAGCCUCGAUUCACAUUUACGAAAUUCGUCUGCUAGUCUCUGUUGCCACCUGUGCCAAGUAGCCAUGGCGACCGUCACCAUCCCCGCCGCUAAGGCGUCGCUCGCGCCCGUCGCGCGCAGCGAGAACAAGUCGGCAGGCACCGCGAAGGUCGGGUUUGCUUCCUCUGGCCUUGCUGGAGCUCGCCUCACCACCACAGCGCCUCGUGCUUCCAAGAAGGCUACCACUAGCGCAAGACCCGCCGCUCCUCGCGCCGUGAUUGACUCCAGCGGCGCCAAGGAUGUCUGCAUGGACCCUGACGUCAGCCAGAGCGUUCUCGGUAUCAUUCUCGGCGGUGGUGCCGGCACUCGUCUCUACCCGCUCACCAAGAAGCGCGCCAAGCCCGCCGUGCCUCUGGGCGCCAACUACCGCCUGAUCGACAUCCCCGUUAGUAACUGCAUCAACAGCAACAUUGUGAAGAUCUACGUGAUGACGCAGUUCAACUCGGCGUCGCUCAACAGGCAUCUGUCGCGCGCGUACACGAGCAACAUGGGUGGUUACAAGACGCAGGGUUUCGUCGAAGUGCUCGCAGCGCAGCAGAGCCCAGAGAAUCCCAACUGGUUCCAGGGCACGGCGGACGCGGUGCGGCAGUAUCUGUGGCAGCUGGAGGAGCAGAACGUGCAGGAGUAUCUGAUCCUGGCGGGCGACCACCUGUACCGCAUGGACUACCAGCGCUUCAUCAAGUGCCACCGCGAGAACGACGCCGACAUCACCAUCGCCGCGCUGCCCAUGGACGAGAAGCGAGCCGAGGCCUUCGGGCUCAUGAAGAUCGACGACACGGGGCGCAUCGUCGAGUUCGCGGAGAAGCCCAAGGGGGAGGCUCUUAAGGCCAUGCAGGUGGACACCACCAUCCUGGGGCUGGACGCGGAGCGCGCCAAGGAGCUGCCGUACAUCGCGUCGAUGGGCAUCUACGUCAUAAGCAAGGACGCCAUGAUCCGCAUGCUCGCAGAGGAUUUCCCUGAUGCCAACGACUUCGGCUCGGAGGUCAUCCCCGGGGCCUGCGCCAAGGGCGCCAAGGUGCAAGCGUUCCUGUACGAUGGGUACUGGGAAGACAUCGGAACUAUCGAGGCUUUUUACAAUGCCAACCUCAGCACCACGCAGCCCGACUCGCCCUUCAGCUUCUACGACCGCUCUGCACCCAUCUACACCCAGGCGCGCUACCUGCCGCCAUCCAAGCUGCAGAGUGUGGAUAUCUCAGAGAGCGUCAUUGGCGAGGGCUGCAUCAUUGAGGACUCGCAACUACACCACUCGGUGAUUGGCCUUCGCGCCAAGAUCGGUGCCGGGUCCAUUAUCAAGGACACACUUGUCAUGGGCGCUGAUUACUACGAGACGGAGGACCAACAGGACGCACUCCUAGCCACUGGCGGCGUGCCGAUUGGCAUUGGGAAGAACGUGGUGAUUCAGAAGGCCAUCAUUGACAAGAAUGCGCGCAUCGGGGACAACGUGCAGAUUAUCAACAAGGAUCAGGUGGAGGAGGCAGCCCGGGAGACGGACGGUUACUUCAUUAAGAGCGGCAUUGUUACAGUCAUCAAGGAUGCCGUGAUUCCCCCUGGCACCGUUAUCUAG